CCACGAACCGAAACAAAAAUUCCCAAACCCAAUCUGAUAUUUUUCGAUCUUCUCGAAUACCUCGUUUUCGGCGUUUUGCUCUUGUUAUUAUUUAAUUUGAAUAACACGUGGUUAUUGAGUGUUUAGCAUAAAAAAUACAAAUAUCAAAAUGAAUUUUUCAUAUUAAAAUCGAAUUUCCUUGCUUAUUAAACUCAAACAAGACUGAAGUGUCAUUUAUAUUUAGUGUUUGUGUUGAAUUUUCUUUUUAGGUAGUAUAUUAUAAUGAGCGAAGCAGUAUUAGAGAACACGUACGUUCCAUACACCAACACCUCGACAUUCCAGUAUGCAGAAUAUAAUUUCGAAAAUUCAGCUUUGGAAUUGGCAAGAGCCCAAUGGCCCAACUACGACGAUCAGCAUUACUUGAAGGGGUGUAAAUGGUCCCCUGACGGUACGUGUUUGCUUACUGUAGUCAGAGGGGCCGGUAUGCACGUUAUGGAACUGCCUAGUGAUUUAUAUUCGGGAGAUACUGUACGCACAAGCAGGCCUAUUGUCCCAUUAGCGCCAGCGGUCAGUGUUCCAGAAGCCGGGCUUAUUUAUGAUUAUUGUUGGUAUCCUGGUAUGAAUAGUAGUAAUCCAGCUACAUGCUGUUGGCUGUCGAGCGGCCACGGGGGGCCUAUACACCUCUGGGACGCCUUCUCGGGCGAUCUCAGGUGCACAUACCGCGGGUACAACAAUCAGGACGAAAUUGAACCUGCCAUUAGUUGCGUAUUCUCAGCCGAUGGUCAGAAUAUAUUUUGCGGAUACAAGAAAAACGUUAAACUAUUUUCCACAGGACGGCCUGGUAGAGAUUUCGUCGAAUAUCCUGUGCAGCAUCAAGUUUCUUGUCUGGUUGCUAGUCAGGCACAGCCUGGAAUUGUAGCUAUAGGUACAUGGAAAAACACGAUCGAUCUAGUAUCUCAAAGCGACGGAUCUUUUCGACAAUUGUGCAAACUGAACGGCCACAAAGGCGGCAUAACCACCAUGGUGUUCUCUUUAGACGGUUUCCGUUUAUACAGCGGCGCCCGAAAAGACAAGGAAAUCAUUUGCUGGGAUCUGCGUGUUCCUGGCAGGCCGAUGUUUUGUCUGACGCGCGAGGUUAACACCAACCAGAAGAUCAAUAUAGAUUUGAGCGUGGAUGGUAAAUGGUUGGUAUCUGGCGGGACGGAUGGUAAGACUCAAGUGUGGAAUGUCGCUGAGCAGACGUAUCCGACUGUUCAUAUGCAGAUGGGCCUGCACAGCGAUUGUUGCAACGGCGUGAGUCUGCAUCCGUACAGACCGAUUUUGGCCACCGCGUCCGGUCAGCAUCACUCCAUGGAUCCGCUUCAUCACACUAGGAAUAGCAUGCAGUACGAGAACGCCCUCUGCAUGUGGUGGAUCGGGGCUCAACAGGAAGAUCCGGAUCUAUUGACUGCAAUCAUCAAAGCCGCUACCAAUUCUUAAUGUCCAAUUUAGUUUCCGAUUC